UUGGAGGAGCUAUGAAAAAAUGGAAUGCUAAAACACAUUUGGUAGUGUAAAAUACAAUAUACACUAUCAAAAUUUACCAUACCCAUUGGAGAUGCUCUAACCUCUUCAUUAUCCCCAUUAUCCAUAAGUAGAGCAAUUUACAGUACUCCAAAACUGCCUGAUUCCAAACUGUAGCAGAGGAAAGAAAUUAUGGUUGCAGGGGAGCCAAAGGGAGGCGGCGGUGGGCGGAGAUCGAUGGGGAACUUGCUUCUCCGUGUUCUCACCGGCCGGUGGUUCAUGGUCUUCGGGUCCCUUCUCAUCAUGGCCAUGGCCGGCGCCACCUACAUGUUCGGGCUCUACUCCGGCGAGGUCAAAUCCGCUCUCGGGUACGACCAGACGACCUUAAACUUGCUCAGCUUCUUCAAAGACCUGGGAGGCAACGUCGGGAUAAUCUCCGGCCUGGUCAACGAGGUCACGCCGCCGUCGGUGGUCCUCCUCACCGGAGCAAUCAUGAACUUGUUCGGCUACUCCAUGAUCUGGCUCGCCGUGACGCGGCGCGUGGCGAAGCCGAAGCUCUGGCAGAUGUGUCUAUACAUUUGCGUCGGAGCCAAUUCCCAGACGUUCGCCAACACCGGAGCUCUGGUCGCCUGCGUGAAGAACUUCCCGGAGAGCAGGGGCGUCGUCUUGGGACUGGUGAAGGGGUUCGUCGGCCUGAGCGGCGCAAUCAUCACGCAGCUGUUCCACGCUUUCUACGGCGACGGCGACCGGAAAUCUCUCAUCCUGCUCAUCGGAUGGCUCCCGGCGGCCGUGUCCUGCGUUUUUCUCAGGACGGUCCGGUAUAUGAACCCGGUCCAGCAAACUGAAAACGACGCCAAAGUGUUCUACAAAUUCCUCUUCAUAUCCCUCGGCCUGGCCGGCUUUUUAAUGGCCAUUAUCAUUGUCCAAAACAGAGUGGCAUUCACCCGGCCAUUAUACGUUGCGAGCGGGACAGUUGUCCUCAUUCUCCUCUUUGCUCCUCUCUUCAUCGUCUUCAAAGAAGAACUCAAAACCAAUCAGAGAGAUCUGUUGUGUUCCUCAAACUACAACAACGGAUCUCCUCUGCCGGUAGAAAGUAAUGAAAACCAGCCGCCGCUGCCGUCAGCUAUGGAUGACGAAUCCAAGCAGGAGACGGCUGCUGGCGGGAAUGGGUGUUUUAGAAAUGUGUUCAGUCCUCCCCCGAGAGGGGAGGACUACACGAUACUGCAAGCGGUGUUCAGCGUGGACAUGAUCGCGCUGUUCACCGUCACGACGUUCGGGGUCGGGGGGACCCUGACAGCGAUCGACAACCUCGGGCAAAUCGGGAAGGCCCACGGCUACAACACGGAGAGCAUCACGACGUUCGUGUCCCUCGUGAGCAUAUGGAACUACCUCGGCCGGGUCGCGGCGGGGUUCGCCUCGGAGUACCUGCUAGCCAAGUACCGAUUCCCCCGGCCGCUGAUGCUCACGGCGGUGCUCGUCCUCUCCUGCGGCGGCCACCUGCUGAUAGCCUUCGCCGUCCCGAACUCCCUCUACGUGGCCUCCGUGAUCGUGGGGUUCUGUUUCGGGGCGCAGUGGCCGUUGAUCUUCGCCAUCAUCUCCGAGAUCUUCGGGCUCAAGUACUACUCGACGCUGUACAACUUGGGCGGGGGGGCGAGCCCGGUGGGAGCGUACUUGCUCAACGUGCGGGUGGCGGGGCAUUUGUACGACAGGGAGGCGGCCAGACAGCGGCUGAUCGUCACAGCCGCAGCGGCGGCCAAGGCGGCGGAUGAGGAACUGAGUUGCGUAGGGGCGGAGUGUUACAAAACGGCCUUCCUGAUAAUCACGGCGGCGACGGUGGUCAGCGUCCUUGUUUCUUGCAUAUUGGUGGUUAGAACAAGAAAGUUUUACCGGGGGGACAUAUACAACAGGUUCAGAUCGGAGCAAGGUGGUCGUGGGUUGGAGAUAAUAAUGGAGGGAACUCGAUCGUGAUGUGGAGCCCGGAUCCAGUCAAUUAUGGGUGGACUCGCACCCAUUUCAAUUUGUCUAGAUUUGCAUGAAACUAAUUUUGAGUCUAGUCCAAAAAGACGGGGUGAUGACGAGGGGUGCUCCGGUGCCCCGUCCUUAAAAUUAACGGUUCUUACCUCCGAAUCUUUUGAUAAACCUCACAUCCCGUCCCGACUUGAACACGCCCCCCACCACUUUCAAUUGUAUCCCAAUGUUAAUUUUGACUCCAAAGUUAAAAGUUGACUCUAAAACCAAAAUUAACUUGGGGAUGCAAUUGAAGAAGGUGGGGGAGCGUUUUCGAGUCGGGGCGGGGUGAAGGUUUACCGGGAGAGUAAGGGGCUAGGAACCGUCAAUUAUACGAACAGGGCAUUGAAGCACCCCCGGGUCAGCCCAUGACAUUGGUUCCCAAUGUAAUGGGGUCCAAAAAUACUUUCAAAUGCUAUCAGCAUCUCGGCUCUACAUAGAAACAAGAAAUAAGUACACGGGGA